AUGAUCGCGUUGUGCAGCACACUUCUCUAUCACGGCGUCUUGGCUCGUGGUCUAGGGAGAGGGAAGCGCAACGCGUUCGAACGCCUGCCUAUCGAAGUCCUUGACAACAUCCUUCUGUUCUCGGGCGCGUCGUCUCUUGCGACUAGGAAUGCCAUCCAGCUGGUGUCGCGGCAGUUUCGCUGCAUCGUUGUCCUCAACACAAACUUCUUGCGCGACCUAGCAUCCUUGCCAGUCCAAACUUCGGCUUUCUACGCGCAGUUUCAGCGGGCCCACUCUCUCGGACGCACUUUCGAUCUCAUUCUAGACGAGCGUAAUGAACGGCGACCUUUACCGCCACCGACCUGCCUGCUCAGCGGCAUCACAUUCGCGCACACCGUGGUUGUGCUACACACUGUGAACGUUGGAGAAGCAUUGGCGGCUCUUGCACGCCGGCCGAGUUGUGAUGUAUUGACCAAGCUGGUCCUGGCUCCCGUGGGCGACUUCACUACGGCCAAAAGGGUCUUGUUACCCCUUCGCGGGCAAGAUGGUGAAAUCCCGAUCAAGGCGCCCAACCUGAAGAGCGUCGAACUUCGACAGAUGGCCGUCGACUUUCCAAAGACGUUCGGUCUCCGUCAUCUGCUGGUCGACUGUCGCAGUGGUGCCGACCUCUUCGUCACGUAUAAUGCCUUUCGGCCGCAGACGUUGCAUGCUAUCUUGGCGCGUAACAAGUCACUGGAGACAGUUGAGCUCCGGAGUCCUAUUGGCGACUCGUAUCUUCAGGAUUCCGACCAGUCGGUGGCGAUGAUAGCUUUACUGGAGGUGGCAAAGUUCAAGUUGACUACGAGCCACGUUCCGGUUAUGGCCUGGAUCCUGUCGCGCUUGACUUUGUCUACUCAAGCAUGCAUAUCACUGGAGAUCGGGGAAUAUGCAAAGAAAGACGUCGACGUGCCCUCGCUGGUACGCGCAAUGUGUGAGUUCUCGUCGGCCAUGACUUCUUCUUCUGCAUCUGACUUCGAUGCCCUCCCUAGUACCGCACGUGUCCUCGCGGAACAUUGA